UACGUUUGCGGCUCCAUUCUGGGUUCUGUAUUCUGUUCCGUUGCUCUGAGUGUGCAUUUUCUGCCACCCGAUGCCAUUUGCUGCUACUGCUGUCCUCCGUCUUGCUCCUGACUUUCACGGGAAGCGUAACUGCCAGGCUGUCCCGGGUGUGUACUGUGUGGUCGGUGCCGUGCCGCCUCCCGUGACUCCGUCCACGUCCCCUCCGCAGCCCGAGGCAGUGCUGGUGUUCUCACAGCACCUGACCGGCAGGGACGUGGGGCCAGAGCGGGCGAGUCACUGUCCACCGCCACGUGGCUGGAAGCGCCAUUCCCGCCACCUGGACCUGGUCGCCAGAUCCCUCUUUGCCUGCCUCCUCGCCACUGUCUGUCUAGUCUCUCACCUCUACCCGCUGCAGCUCCCGUGUGACGCGGGCCGUUGUCCCAGCCACCGCCGGGUCUGGGCCGGACCCUCCCUCUUCAGCUCCAGGCACAGGACGGGAAAGACCACCCGCAGCGCGCGCGCACGCGCGCACACACACACACACACACACACACACACACACACACUACUGGAUGUAUGUACACAAGCAUUUGAAUGUAAUAAAGGGACCAUCCGGCAGAUCGGAAAUGAAGACAUCUCAACUGCGAAAGGUAGUGGUAACUGGGAGCCGUGUGCGUCUCCCAGCGAGUGGGGCCUGGAAGGUUUCCAGCCUCUUGCCUGCACUUGUGGCCGGAGGCCAGCAGCCCACCGUGCCGGGGGCCGCAGCUCAGCACCUGGGGGUCCAGGAGGCACCCCACACGGUGCGCGGCCCAGAGCGAGCAGGUCAGGGCCAAGGGUGCCCCCGGGAGGACCCACGGGGACCACGGGAACCAUCGUGGCCGGGCUUCUCCGCCGGAGCCCAGGGGCAGCAAGGCCCCGCAGGUGCGCGGUCCCUGCACCUGCCUCCACCUCCUGCCGCCCACUCCUGAGGACGCUCACCACCUCUGCGCGGGCUACAAGCUUUUCUCUAUCCUCCCUCGAUCUCUCUCUGGCGAACGUCAUCACUUAGUACUUGUUGACUUGUUUGGAUUAUGGUAGCAUCCGUAGUUCAGGGUAGUAUGCAUAGCGUAAACUUAGAAAAUCUAGAAUAUGUAAAAGAUUAAAACUCCGCACGUUCGCCACCCGGAGAAACAUAGUUAACAUUUCUAUAUAUUCCCUCCUAGCCUUUUUUCACUUGCACACACACACUAUAGCGCAGGCACACACACGAGCACGUACAAGCACGUAUGCAUCCGCUCUUACAAAUGUGGGUUGUUAAAGGUAAACCUUAGAAUGAAACAAAAUUGCGUUAGAAUUCUUAUAAGAAUUUAAUUAAUCCUAUAAACGUCUUUGGGAAAAAAAAUGCACAUCACUGUGAUGCUCACUCAUCCAUUCUGGGAACAGAUUACAGUCCUCCAUUCAUUUACAUCCUAUUUUCGGUCCCAUAUGAAGUUUGUAUUUUUAUCCACAUUGGUGCCAUUUUUUUUUUUUUUUUUGUAAACGUAUUUGAGAGGGAGAGAGAGUGUGCGCGCCAGGAGGGGAGGGACCGAGAGAGAGGAGAGAGAGAAUCCCAAGGAGGGUGUGGGCUCUCCGUGCAGACCCUGACCUGGGGCUCGAGCUCGCCAACCCUGAGAUCGACCCUCAGAUCGUGAUCUGAGACGAAACCAAGAGUUCGACGUUUAACCAGCUGAGACACCUGAUGCCCCCACAUGGGUGCCAUUUUUAAAACAGGUGCCAUUUUUUUCUUAUCGCCAGUGACACACAUUUCUUUUUUCUCCCCGAUGGGUUUUGCAGGGCUGUAUUAGAGAGACUGAUGCUGCAUUAUUUUUUAUGCUGCCAUUGUAUGAUAUCUUAAUUUUUUUUUUACAAGUUUUAAAGUCGAUCCUCUUGGAUUUUCGUAUAAUCUUAUCCCCGACAAAUAAGAGUAUUAUCCACGACUUUCUAACAUUGAGUAGCUUUGUCUUCUUCCCCUGCUGCACGAACAAAGGCCGGGAGGAGACCCUUCACAUGCCUGUCCUCCCGCUGGGAAAUUCCCACUGAGAGGGCAGAGCCUGAAACCACAAGAUUAAACUGGUCCCCGACGGUUGUCUGGCUGGCAGACCCCACGGUGUGGCUUGCCCAGGCCCUGGCAUCCAGCGCCAUCUGGCUUGUCGCUGGUCUUCACCAGGAGCCAUUGGAAACCCAUCACUGUCCCGUGGGGCUGGUUCUCGGGCAGCGUGGCUGCUCCGCCUUUUCCCCUACCCCAGCCUCUGCUCCUGAGAUCUCCCCACCCCAGUGGGCAGGCUCCUGGGGGGCAGGAAGCAGCUUGUGACCCUAACUAUCUCCCACAGCCUCCCUGAACCCCCAGGCGACCGAUCGACCCCCGCAUCACAAACGGCUCUGUGGACUUGACCCUGGUGCCUCUGUCAGGCGUCCUUCCCUAGGCUCCAUGGCUUCUGGGUGUAGCUGUGGAGACUUCUGGAUUCCAAACAGCAGUGUGUCCCUAGAAACCUGUUGGUCACUCCCCAAGUGCCACAAUCAAACUGAUCAAAACUGCCAGCCCUCUCCGCCAAGACUCACACACGAGAAGAAAAGGCAGUGAAUAAAGUAUAUAUUCUGGAUUCAGACGGCUGCUGACAAGCCUUGAGCGCCCACGCCCGAAGGGAUUACACGUGGCCUGCCUUCUCCCAGGACCAGAAGCUUGCGCAGCCUGGCUGGUUCUUCACCAAACUUGGUUUCUCUUCUUCCUGCACCAAAAGCUUCCUUUCCCACUGGGUGGGAAGCGUCUUCCACGCUUCCUCCCCUUCUGCCAGUUUGACCAGGGCCCAUGGUCAAGGCGCCCUGGGAAACCGAGUAGUGCCAUGGGCGGUAGCAUCCAAUGGAGGGAGCCCGGGCCCGAGUCGCUGUUUGGGGGAGGGCCGCCCGGAUCGCCACAGGAUGUGGCGAAGAAGAAAGAGUGCAUCGGAGCAGUGACUGUGACUGCCACCCCCUCCCUGGGGGCGUCACCAGCAGAGGUGGGCAGAUGGGAGCGGGGUCAGGUGGCCAGGGUGGAGUGAGCACGCCUUCUUCCCCUGAGCGGCCCCACCAUGGGGGUCAUUGUGGCCUGGCGAGGCCGAGUGAGGUCCAGUCAAGAGAAGGCCUCGCCAGCCCCUUCAAGCCACCAGGCCUCCAGAGAGCUCUAGCCAGCCCCACGGAGAAGGAAGGGGACAAGGUCCCAAACUGUGUUUGAGCUGAACAUUCUUUAGAAACAAACAGAGCCCAGUCUUAACCACCAAGAGACUGUUCUGCAGACAAAAAUGACAAGAAAAUCUUGGAAGCAGGGGGGGGUCUGGCAUCCCACUCGGAUCAGGGGUUGGGAAGAAAUGAAAUUGUUUCUGUUUAUAUUCCCAACAAGUUGAGACUCUUCGAUAAACCAGUUACGCGUAAUUUACUUACGUUAUGAAAAAAAAAAAAACCCUCAUAAAGCUAUAA